AUGGCGGACGCCACGAGACACCUGGAGCCUCAUGAAGAGACAUCCACUCUUCACCACCGCCUGGAAGCCCUCUUCGCUGCUUUCUGGGAAAAGCUGGAGAGAAAGUUGACCCUACCUGCACCACAGCCCGGAGAGACUCCCUUUAAAUUGACCGGACGCACCCCAUGUCAUCAGGCUACUGCCAUCAAGAUCCCAGCGAGACGGAAAGGGUAA